UGCAGGACGCAGCCCCAUGGGGAUGCAGAUCCACUGGAAUGGAGUUCUGUAUGGAUGGAGCCCGUUGGGGUGCACAUCCACAGCGAUGGAGCUCCGUGGGGUUGCAGACAGGGGGCUGGGGCUCCAUGGAGACGUAGCUCCAUGGGCAUGAGGACACAGGGAUGUAUCCCCGUGGGGAUAAGGACACAGGUUUGGGGCUCUAUGGGGAUGCUGAUCCAGGGGGAUGCUGAGGCCAGAGCCACCACGCCAUGCCCCAGUACUGCCCCAUACUGACAGAAGGAAAGAAGGAUGGGUGGAGGAACUCUAUGGGAUGGGAUACCCCUGUGAUGUGCCUGGCAGGAGCAGAGCCCACUCCUUGCCUGCUCCUUACCUGCUUCCAGCUCUUUCCAUGCAGGGUUCCCCUGGGAAAGGGGAUGGCGUGAUCAGGACUGGUUGCACCCCCUGUUUGGACUGCUAUGCAGAAAUGCAUUGGGUGGGUGGAAACACCAGGGAGCAGAAAGGGAUUUAUUGUGAAGGACAGCGGGGGCUUGAGAACAGAUGGGAAUCAGCCUCACCCUACAUCUCAGGAGAACCCGAGACUUGCAGUGUGCCCUUAGAAGAAGCAAGGUGUAAAACACUUUUAAUGUCCCACUCUGUGCCAUGCUGUAUGCUGUUGCAGUGUGUUGGGCUGAGAUCAGGUGCCCUCUCAUGCAGCCAUCCUGGCUUUGUGCCCAUUGUCCCCCCCUUGCCAGGCUGAUGUGCCUCCAUUCCAUCCUGGGACAGCAGACAGAAGGGUGGCACUGAUGACUUGAUGACCUCCUCAAGUCAUAGGAUGCAGGAGGGUCUGUGGCUCCUUGCAGCUACUGCCAGGGCUCUGAUGGCCACUUCUGGAUGCGGAAGGGAGCUCUGGUGGUGGCACAGCUGAGUGCUGUGGGUCACCUGCCUGCACCUGUUCUCAAGGGCUCAGCUGCACGAGGAAGCUCAGUGGUGGUGGUGGGAUGGGACUGGUGUCAGCAGGGCUCACAAGAGCGUUGGGUGGCUUUUGGGUGCGGGAUACAGAGGUGUCAUUUGCAGCAGAAAAGAUUGGGGGUGAAACUUCCCAGACUGAGGACAGAGAGGGAGGUUGUGGCACUGAAAUGUUGAACAGCUCAGACAUUUUGGGGAAGAAGGGAGAACUGUUCGUGCUGACAUGGGCUGCUGGAUCCACAGGGGCUCCUUUGCAAUGCUUCUAACCAUUGCAGGCAAAUGCACCUCACUCUGUGCUCAGACACUUUCCAGCCAGCUCUUCUUCACUGCUCCAAAAACUGCCCGGGAAGGGGGGUGCUGGGGCAGGGAGCAGCGUGCCAGCACCCGCUGCUGCCGCUUGCCCCGCGCUGCAGCUGCCAGCAGCAUUUCUCUGAGCCUGCCUGAAGCCAUCCCCCACCGCGGGCGUUCCGGAGAUCUCAGGCUGAGGACGAGCGGGUUGGCAGCGGCCGCCUCGGCAGGCAGAAGCCGCCAGGUUCCUUCCCGAGGAAGCCGGGACAGCGGAGGAUGCUCGCGGCGGUCCAGAGCCGCGGGGAUGCGGGGUUGCUAGGAGGCAGGUGAAGGUGACGGGGACAGCGCUGCGGAGCACCGCAGGCCCAGAUCCGCAUGUCCGACCAGAGCAGCAGCGAAGAUGGGGAGUCCGACUCCCAGCACAGCCUGUACAUGGUCUUCCUCCUUGUUUUGGUCUUCUUCAUCAUGGGGCUGGUAGGGUUCCUCAUCUGCCAUGUCCUGAAGAAGAAGGGCUACCGGUGCAGGACGUUCCGGGAUGAGCUCGACCCAGAUAAUAAGGACGUGCUGGCAGAACUCCAGGCCAAUGAAGAGGAGGAGCUGAAUGAGGACACCGUGGAGAAGAUCGUGAGAUGCAUCAUCCAGAAUGAAGCAAACGCAGAAGCCCUCAAGGAGAUGCUGGGGGACAAUGACGGGGACAUAGCAGUGCCAAUGCCCAGCCUUUGUCCCCACCGUAACAGCCAGGAUGGAGGCCCCCCUCACCACCAUACAGUGCACCUGGGCUCCACGCAAGCCCCCUGCAUCCACUGCAGCAAAAGGAGGAGGCACCCACUGCACCGCCAGGGCCGGUCCAAGGAUGGCAAAGGCCGGAUGCACCCCGGAGAGACCACUGUCUUCUCAGUGGGCAGGUUCCGUGUCACGCACAUCGGGAAGAAGCCGGCUUUCCAUGAGCAGCAGGACGGCGCCCAGCCUGACGGCAGCAAGGAGCCAAGCACGGAGGAGCUGGAGCACAGCAGUGAGCGGUUCCAACGAGAGCAGGCUCACAAUGGGACUGUCCCCACGGGUAGCCUGGAGAAUGGGGCUGUGCAGGAGGGGACACAGGGUGGCAAGGGCACGGAGCAGAGCCGCACCGGCACCCCAGUGCCUGGCACUGCGGUGGGCAGCUCUCCUGGGAGCACCAGUCGGCAGCGGAGGCUGCUGAGCCACCGGGUUCUGGGAGGGUCGAGUCCCAGCAUCCCAGGUCAGCUGGGGCAGGAGGAGGCUGGACUGGGGUCAGCAGAUGAGGUGUCGGAUAUUCACGGGAGCCUGAGCCUACACGAAGUGCCGGAUGAGAUGGGGAGAGAAGACAGCAGCAGGAGGCAGCCCGGAGCAGAGAACAUGGGGCAGCAGGUGGGUUCCUUCUCCUUCUUCUUGUCCCUGUGUGGUCUCCUGGGUUGGAGGGGCUGAGGGACCAUGGCAUGGCGUCCGACUGAGGUCCCAGGGUGCGUGGGUGCUGCCAAACAUGCAAUGGCAGAAUGUUUGGGGUUGGAAGGGACAUUUAAAGGUCACUGGGUUCACCCUCUGCCUGGGCAGAGACAUCAGAUCAGAUUGCUCAAAACCCUGUCUAACCCAACUUUGAGCACUUCCCAUGGUGGGGCAUCCACAACUUCCCCAGGCAGCCUCUUCCAGCAUCUCACUACCCUAACAGUGACAAAUUUCUUUGCAUCUAGUCUAAACCUUUUCAGUUUGAAACUCUUUUUCCUUAUCCUGUCACUGCUGGCCCUGGUACAAAGCCUUUCUCCACUUUUUUUUUAUGAGCCCCUUUCUUUGUAGAAACACCACAGCAAGGUCUCCCUCAAGCUUCCUCUUCUCCAGCCCAAGCUUGUGGGGUGACUCCUACUGUAGAGACUGUAGAGGAGCUGGAUGUGGCAUGAGACCUCCUCAGUCCUGCUCACCCUGUUCCCACCCCAUUCCCUGACUGCAUAUUUCCAUCCCUUUGUUAAUAUAUGUGCCAGCAGGGCAGAGGGAUUGUCUUGUUCCACCCUCUGAGCCCUUCUCAGCAAUACCAAUUGCUGGCCAGGGCAUGGUCCAAACGGAUGUGGCUUCUCCUUGGGACACACAAAAUCAUCAUGACACUGUUCCUACCCUGCUGGUUCCCACUCCCAAGGGAAGGCAGGGUGUUGUUGGUUUGCAGCAAAGACCCUGCUGCUUCCAGUCCUUUGUGCAAGGGAUGUGUUGGUCUCCUUCGUGAUUUGGUUCUUUGGGCACUUGCAUUGGGAUCAUCGUUCUUUGUCUCCCUGAUGAGGCCUUCUUUGCCUCUGCCCAUGGCUUAGCAUCCCCCAAGCUGGUGGUCUUGGUGCACAGACCUCAUCAAUGCAACACACAGGUAGGGAAAGAUGCCCUGAAGUCCAGGAGGAAAUGAAUCCAACUAUUUGCAUCCUAGAUGUUUUCCCACUCUGGAGGACUGGUGCUCAGGGAGGGGAAGAGCACCUUGGUGUUUCCCAAUCAUCCCAACUUUAAUGAGCUCCAGGACAGCACUGGUGAAGAUGUGGGUGCCCCAGGCAACAAGAGGCAUUUGUUCCCUGCUGCUGCCUCAGGGUUCUUAGGAGCCAGAGAAUGAGGAAAUCAGAUGGUCUGGAGAAAGGCCAUAGUGUGCUUCAGUGCUGGGGUUAUCCCAGGGCUGGCAGCCUGCCUGGAGGAAGGAGGAUGGACAUGAAUGUGGACAGCCCAACAACAAAGCUGAUGGGCUGCAGCCCCUCUCCAGACUCCUAUAGGGACAUCACCAGGUUCUCCUUCCUCAGAUGGCCCACCAUGGUGGCAAUGACCACAGUCCCUCUGGUCUGUGUGGUCUCGUGCAGGGCAAACACGGGGAUGUGGUGAUUUCCUUCUGCUCAUCAGCUCCUCUGCAAUGCCAGACUUCUCCCUUUGGUUCUUUGAGGAGAGCUGGGAAAGGGGGACAAGAAGGGGGUUGCAUUCCCCAGCCCUACAGCUGUGGGAUGGCAUAAACCAUAGGGCAGGAGGAGCAUGCAUAGCCCUGGGCACAACUACACACCCAGCCCUUGGGCUGUUCCACCAGGGAGAAUGGUGAUGGGACAUCCCUGAGAUGUUUGCCCCCCAAGCCCUGGAACCAGUCAGCAGCUACCCCAUCUCCUGGGUCCCUGCCAGGACCACCACGAGGGUUGUGAGCUGCUGCCUGGCACAGCAUGGGGUACUGGGCUGUAAGUCAGUGGUGCUGACUCCACCCAGAAGGGUCACUGCUGUGGCCACGGGCUGCAUGAUG